CAUAAAGUAAAAUAUCCUGAAAACGGAAAAAUUCAAGUGUUUUCAGAUUCUCCUCUAAAAACGACAAAAGCUUGUACAAGAAAUCUGACCACAAUAAUGGCGAAUGACGAAGAACUCUCUGAAGAUUCAAACUCCAAUGGACUAGACUCUUUUGAUGCUGUUAAACAACGUUUCAAGGAUCGAUCAAAGAAAGUUGUUCAGACAAGAGAGUUAUUGUCUAAACAAGCGGUACAAACACGUGAGAUCUUGUCUAAACAAGCCGUUAAGAUCGCUAAACAAGCCGAAGAACAUGAGAGAUUCAUCAAUAAGGUGACACAUCUCGUUGGAGUGCUUGGAUUUGGAGGUUUUUGUUUCCUACUUGGUGCAAGACCUCAGGACAUUCCUUUAGUUUACUGUUUCUUCUAUGUGAUCUUUGUUCCUCUUCGAUGGAUAUAUUACCGGUUUAAGAAAUGGCAUUAUUAUCUUCUGGACUUUUGCUACUACGCCAACACAAUCUUCUUGGUUGAUCUUCUUUUGUAUCCUAAGAAUGAAAAGCUUUUCAUGGUUUGCUUUUCCUUUGCAGAGGGACCGUUGGCGUGGGCAAUUAUUGUCUGGCGUUGCAGCUUGGUUUUUAGUUCGCUGGAUAAGAUUGUUAGUGUUCUUAUACAUCUCUUACCUGGGCUCGUGUUCUUCACGAUUAGGUGGUGGAAUCCAGCGACCUUUGCAGCUAUGCACCCUGUAGGCACUGAUCGUAGGGUUUCAUGGCCUUAUGUUGAAGACAAAGCUUACCUAUUUACAUGGCUGUUUCUUAUACCCUUGGUCGUUUAUACCCUUUGGCAAGUGCUCUAUUUUCUAAUCGUCAAUGUCCUGCGUAGGCAGAGACUCCUAAGAGAUCCUGAAGUUAUGACUUCUUACAGAGAGCUGUCGAAGAAAGCUGAAAAAGCAAACAAUAAGUUGUGGCAGCUGAGCGGUCUACUAGGGGAUCAGAACCGUAUAUGGAUGUACAUCCUAUUCCAGGCCAUCUUCACGGUUGCAACCAUGGCAUUGACCGUACCGAUCUUCGUAUCUUAUAGACUUCAUGUGAUCUUUCAGAUCCUAAAGAUUUCUGCGGCAGUGUGGAACGGAGGGAGCUUUUUACUAGAGGUAAUGCCACGGCAAGUGAUCCAGAAAGAGAAGAAGAAAGCAGAGAUGCAGCCGAUAGAGGAGCAGAUACCACACCAUGAACCUGUGUCACCUCCAAAAUCUACUGAAACAUGAUGGUUAUAACAGAAAGGUACAUGUAAAAUAAAGUUUUCAAAGGUGAAUCAUGAUUGGUCUUUUUUUUGUUCCUCAUGUUUUGUUCUAUAACUGUUUGUUUCUCUUGUUGGUAUACAUCAUUCUAAAAGCUUAAUGUGAAUGAUCUUGUAGUUACCUUUUCUAAAGAAACUUGAUAUUUCCUUUUUAA